AUGGCUUCAGAGAGCAAUUUUGUGCAAGCAGCUAUUCCCCGUUUUGAUGGUCACUAUGACCACUGGAGUAUGCUGAUGGAGAAUUUCCUACGGUCAAAAGAGUAUUGGCCAAUUGUUGAAGACGGCAUUAAAGCACCAGUAGUAGGCGAAACUUUGACGGAUGCUCAAAAGACAGAGUUUGAAGCAAGAAAGUUGAAAGAUUUAAAGGCAAAAAAUUAUCUCUUUCAGGCUAUUGAGCGUCCCAUCUUGGAAACCAUUCUUUACAAAGAAACUUCCAAGGAUAUAUGGGAUUCCAUGAAGAAAAAGUAUCAAGGCUCUACAAGAGUGAAGCGAGCACAGCUUCAAGCCUUGAGGAGGGACUUUGAAACCUUGCAGAUGAAGGAAGGAGAAUCCGUCACCAACUACUGUGCUAGAACCAUGGAGAUAUGCAACAAGAUGAGAUUCCAUGAUGAGAACAUGGGCAACGUCGUAAUAGUGGAAAAGAUAUUGCGCUCUCUGACACCAAAGUAUAAUUAUGUCGUUUGCUCCAUUGAGGAGUCAAAAGACAUAGAUGUCUUAUCACUUGACGAAUUACAGAGCUCCUUAUUGGUGCAUGAGCAGAAGAUGAACCGCAGUUCAACUUCCGAUGAGCAGGCUUUGAAGGCUUCUACUUUUAUUUCUUCUUCCAAUUCCAGAGGAAGGGGUAGAGGUACAGGUCGAGGCAGAAGAAGAGGAGAUCAUGGAGGUAGAGAUUCUUGUAGGAAUUUCAAAGCAAAUAAUGAUCAAUCUCAUGGCAAAGGCAGAGGUCGAGAUCAUGACAAAUCCAAGAUAGAGUGCUAUAGAUGUCAUAAAUUUGGUCAUUACGCAUCUGAAUGUUAUACUAGGCUGUCUAAUGACAAAGAAAAGGAAGAGAAGUCCAAUUACACGGAGAACAAGGAAGGUGAGACCUUGUUGAUGGCAAUUCAAUUAGAGAAGGAAACCGAGCGAGAUGUUUGGUAUUUAGACACAGGCUGCACUAAUCACAUGACUGGAAGUAAGUCUUGCUUUUCUUACUUAAAUGAAGGCUUCCGUUCUAAAGUUAGUUUUGGUAAUUGUUCUACUGUGGAUGCAACGGGAAAAGGUGACAUCAAGAUCAAAACCAAGAAAGGUUUUGUGGAAACAAUCUCUAAUGUGUUAUAUGUUCCUGAUUUGAAAAGUAACUUACUGAGUGUUGGUCAGUUGCAAGAGAAAGGUUAUGUCAUCACUAUUAAGAAGGGUGAGUGUGAAACUUAUGACCCCAUGAGAGGAGCUAUAGCAACAGUUCAGAUGAGUUCCAACAAAUUAAUUAUUUCCGAUAAAGAUUGA